AUGGCGCCUUACAGCCUACUGGUGUCCCGGCUGCAGAAAGCCCUGGGUGUGCGGCAGUACCAUGUGGCCUCAGUCCUGUGCCAACGGGCCAAGGUGGCCAUGAGCCACUUCGAACCCAAUGAGUACAUCCGCUAUGACCUGCUCGAGAAGAACAUUAACAUUGUCCGCAAACGGCUGAACCGGCCUCUGACCCUCUCAGAGAAGAUCGUGUAUGGACACCUGGAUGACCCGGCCAACCAGGAGAUCGAGCGGGGCAAGACAUACCUGCGACUGCGGCCUGACCGCGUGGCCAUGCAGGAUGCCACGGCCCAGAUGGCCAUGCUGCAGUUCAUCAGCAGCGGCCUGCCCAAGGUCGCCGUGCCGUCCACCAUCCACUGUGACCAUCUGAUCGAGGCCCAGCUUGGCGGGGAGAAGGACCUGCGUCGGGCCAAGGAUAUAAACCAGGAAGUGUAUAAUUUCCUGGCUACCGCAGGCGCCAAGUAUGGUGUUGGCUUCUGGAGGCCUGGCUCUGGGAUCAUCCACCAGAUCAUUCUGGAAAACUAUGCAUACCCUGGGGUUCUUCUGAUUGGCACUGAUUCCCACACCCCCAAUGGGGGUGGCCUGGGGGGCAUCUGCAUUGGAGUCGGGGGUGCUGAUGCUGUGGACGUCAUGGCUGGGAUCCCCUGGGAGCUGAAGUGCCCCAAGGUGAUUGGCGUGAAGCUGACAGGCUCCCUCUCCGGCUGGACCUCACCUAAAGAUGUGAUCCUGAAGGUGGCGGGUAUCCUCACAGUGAAAGGUGGCACGGGCGCCAUCGUGGAGUACCACGGGCCUGGAGUAGACUCCAUUUCCUGCACCGGCAUGGCGACCAUCUGCAACAUGGGCGCAGAAAUUGGGGCCACCACUUCAGUGUUCCCUUACAACCACAGGAUGAAGAAAUACCUGAGCAAGACUGGCCGCGCAGACAUUGCCAACCUUGCCGAUGAAUUCAAGGAUCACUUGGUACCUGACUCUGGCUGCCAUUAUGACCAGCUGAUUGAGAUUAACCUCAGUGAGCUGAAGCCGCACAUCAAUGGGCCCUUCACCCCCGACCUGGCUCACCCUGUGGCAGAAGUGGGCAGUGUGGCAGAGAAGGAGGGGUGGCCCUUGGACAUCCGAGUGGGUCUGAUUGGCAGCUGUACCAACUCCAGCUAUGAAGACAUGGGCCGCUCCGCAGCUGUGGCCAAGCAGGCGCUGGCUCAUGGACUCAAGUGCAAGUCCCAGUUCACCAUCACACCAGGCUCGGAGCAGAUCCGCGCCACCAUUGAGCGGGAUGGUUAUGCACAGAUCCUGAGGGAUGUGGGUGGCAUCGUCCUGGCCAAUGCCUGCGGCCCCUGCAUUGGCCAGUGGGACAGGAAGGACAUCAAGAAGGGGGAGAAGAACACCAUCGUCACCUCCUACAACAGGAACUUCACAGGCCGCAACGACGCAAACCCCGAGACCCACGCCUUUGUCACGUCCCCAGAGAUUGUCACAGCCCUGGCCAUUGCUGGCACCCUCAAGUUCAACCCAGAGACUGACUUCCUGACGGGCAAGGACGGCAAGAAGUUCAAGCUGGAGGCUCCAGACGCCGAUGAGCUUCCCCGAGCGGAGUUUGACCCCGGACAGGACACCUACCAGCACCCCCCCAAGGACAGCAGCGGGCAGCAGGUGGAUGUGAGUCCCACCAGCCAGCGCCUGCAGCUCCUGGAGCCUUUCGACAAGUGGGACGGCCGAGACCUGGAGGACCUGCAGAUCCUCAUCAAGGUCAAAGGGAAGUGUACCACCGACCACAUCUCGGCUGCCGGUCCCUGGCUUAAGUUCCGUGGGCACCUGGACAACAUCUCCAACAACCUGCUCAUUGGCGCCAUCAACGUGGAAAACGGCAAGGCCAACUCCGUGCGCAACGCCGUCACCCAGGAGUUCGGUCCUGUCCCUGACACCGCCCGCUACUACAAGAAACACGGCAUCCGGUGGGUGGUGAUUGGAGAUGAAAACUAUGGUGAGGGUUCGAGCCGGGAGCACGCGGCCCUAGAGCCUCGCCACCUCGGGGGCCGGGCCAUCAUCACCAAGAGCUUCGCCAGGAUCCAUGAAACCAACCUGAAGAAGCAGGGCCUGCUGCCCCUUACCUUCGCUGACCCAGCUGACUACAACAAGAUUCACCCUGUGGACAAGCUGACCAUCCAGGGCCUGAAGGACUUUGCCCCUGGCAAGCCGCUGACGUGCAUCAUUAAGCACCCCAACGGGACCCAGGAGACCAUCCUCCUGAACCACACCUUCAACGAGACCCAGAUCGAGUGGUUCCGUGCCGGCAGCGCGCUCAACAGGAUGAAGGAGCUGCAGAAGUGA